AACACAUUUUUAUCAUUUAAAUAAUUCAAAAAAUUGUACAAAUACAUAAGUUAUAAAUUAUGCUUAAAAUACUUUUAGUGAUAAAGUGACUCACAAUAAAAUAAAUAAUUAUCAUGUACUAGAUUUUUUAUAUAUAGAACAAAUAAUUAACCAUGUAUUUAAAAUUUAACAGCAUUAUCUAUUAAUUAAAAAAAGAGGCAGUAGUAUUAUUAUUGGAUUUGUAAUCAAUGGACUAGUCAAAGCUAGAGAGGAGUGGUCCAGGUGGAGCGGGAGGAGAGUAGUUCACACGAUCAGAUGAUGUGCAUGCGGAUGCGGCGACUUUUAGCAGUUUCGGUAGGUUGUGUGGCGUGGUCACCUUUGCUCGAUCGUCUCCUGUGGGCAAUGCUUUACCCGAGGCAAUGUCCACUAUCUGUAGGGCUCGCCAUGGAUGGGCCCUCUCAAUGCCUAGCCCAUCCACGGUUGUGGGCCGUGAUUGAGGCCUAUAUAUACGUGGCCUGACAAAAAUAAGUCUAUACGGCAAACGACAUUCAGCCCGCAAGAGAAGGCCCGGCCCAACUUGCACUGCCGGCCCACUAAAGCAAGCCGAGGGAGAAGCUGAUCGAUCCUACAAAGGCGAUGCCCGCGCAUGGUGAUGCAUUGACCAGGCCAUGGAGGCAUGCAGAGAGAGAAGCUCUCUCUCACUCACUCGCUCGCCACACACCAUCACCCAUGCGCGCUAAUUAACCUCUUUUAGCAACUGGAUCUCGAUCGCCGAUCAAGCCUGGCCAUUGCGCGCGGCUACGACGACGAGGAGGUCGCCAUGGUGGGAGGAGGAGGAGGAGCCGGAGAGAAGCCGCCGGCGUCCAAUGGCGUGCACGGUUCCGGCAAGGCCAGGUUCACCCUUCUCUACGGCCUCCUCCUCUACGUCGUCAUGCCGGUGCUCUUCCUGUACAUGCUCGUCGCCGCCGCCACCCCGUUCUACAACCCCCGCUGCUCGCCGGAGUCCAACGCCGCCAUGGCACGCUUCGUCGUGGCCAUGCCCAACGCCUCGUCGGUGAACGGCUCUUCACCGUCGUCUUCGUCCCCGCCUCCGACGCCGGUGAGGCCGAUGCGGUCCGCGGACGAGGCGCCGACGGGGCUGCGGCACAUCGCGUUCGGCAUCGGCGCGUCGUCGGCGCUGUGGAAGAGCCGGAAGGAGUACAUCAAGCUGUGGUGGCGGCCGGGGCGGAUGCGCGGGUUCGUGUGGAUGGACAGGCCGGUGGAGGAGUUCUACUCCAAGAGCUCCCGCACGGGGCUCCCGCCGAUCAUGGUCAGCUCCGACACGUCCAAGUUCCCCUACACCCACGGCGCCGGGAGCCGGUCGGCGCUGCGGAUCUCCCGCAUCGUCUCCGAGACGUUCCGGCUCGGCCUCCCCGGCGUCCGGUGGUUCGUCAUGGGCGACGACGACACGGUGUUCCUCCCGGAGAACCUGGUGCACGUGCUCUCGCAGUACGACCACCGGCAGCCGUACUACAUCGGGUCGCCGUCGGAGAGCCACAUCCAGAACCUCAUCUUCUCCUACGGCAUGGCGUUCGGCGGCGGGGGCUUCGCCAUCAGCCGCGCGCUCGCCGAGGAGCUCGCCAAGAUGCAGGACGGUUGCCUCCACCGCUACCCGGCGCUGUACGGCAGCGACGACCGCAUCCACGCGUGCAUGUCGGAGCUCGGCGUGCCGCUCACGCGCCACCCGGGUUUCCACCAGUGCGACCUGUGGGGCGACGUGCUCGGCCUCCUCGGCGCCCACCCGGUGGCGCCGCUGGUGACGCUCCACCACCUCGACUUCCUCGAGCCGGUGUUCCCGACGACCCCGUCGCGCGCCGGCGCGCUGCGCAAGCUGUUCGACGGGCCGGUGCGGCUGGACUCGGCGGCGGUGGCGCAGCAGUCGGUGUGCUACGACCGGGAGCACCACUGGACGGUGUCGGUGUCGUGGGGGUUCGCCGUGAUGGUGGUGCGCGGCGUGCUGUCGCCGCGGGAGAUGGAGACGCCGAUGCGCUCCUUCCUCAACUGGUACAAGCGCGCCGACUACACGGCCUACUCGUUCAACACGCGGCCCGUGGCGAGGCAGCCGUGCCAGAAGCCUCGCGUCUACUACAUGCGCGACUCCCGGAUGGACCGCCGCCGCAACGUCACCGUCACGGAGUACGACCGCCACCGCGGCAAGCAGCCCGACUGCCGGUGGCGCAUCCCCGACCCCGCCGCCCUCGUCGACCACAUCGUCGUCCUCAAGAAACCCGACCCCGACCUCUGGAAAAGGUCGCCGAGGAGGAAUUGCUGCCAGGUGGUGUCGUCGCCGACGAAGGCAGGGAAAAACCGGACGAUGACCAUCGAGGUCGGCGUGUGCAGGGAAGGCGAGUUCGCCAAGCUUUAAUUAGUAGCGGGAUUAAUUAGGAGAGGAGAAGAGGGAUUAGCGGCGGCAGAAGAGGUCCCGGGCAAAAGAGAGGAUGGAGAUUAACGACCAGAAGUUAAUCCACUGGGACCGAGUAAUAGCUCAUUAGCAUUAGAUCGCCACACGGCGAUGUGUUGUUUAAUUAGCGCGGCGGGUGUAAGCAUGCACGCCGGGACUAUUUUGAUCUCUUCACUAGUUCACUUACAUAUUGAACCAACUCACCCACGAACCGGGGCUUUUUUUUUGCCUUUUCCUCUGCUGAGCAGAGCAGGAGAGGAAACAGCCGGAGUUUCACAAAUCUUGUGUGGUGUCAGAACGAUUCAACAAUGGCAAUACAAAACACUCAUAGUUCUUUUAUUGA